GCUGCGUUCGCCGCGGGCCCGCGCGGGCGAGUCGGGCCGCGGGGCGUUCUAGGUUAGCCGCGCGCCCACGACGCGGAGGUUAGGAUCCCGCGGGCGAGCCGUGCGCACCGCCUCUCGUACGCACUUUCGACGUAAUCCUCGAGCGCGAUGAUACGACGAAGCCCAACUCGCAUAGAAAUGCGUCUGGACGACCUGCAGGUGUACGAGGAAAUAAGAAAGGCGCACGAGUCGAAGAAGGAUCCCGAGAGGAAGGCAUCGUCCAUGAAUCCACCCGCGUGGGGCGACAAGAUCCCUCAGAGCGAGAUUCAGGAGCGCAUCGGUUACGUGCCGCAACACCCGUCCGCGCACAAUCGAGCCACGACAUAAUAAAUAUCGACACGGGAUUGCGAGCCGUAGCGCGAAGAAACGGCAACCGAAUUAUGCCACAGUAUACAAUAACAGAUUGAUCUUAAACCCACUCGUACAAAAUACGACAUAUGUGAACCCGCCAUUUCUUUUUAUGUAACAAAUUCAUUCUUGGUGAUUAACCGCGCACCGGUUAUGAUUGAGAAGUCAUAAUCCUGUAACGAGGACAGUUUUUACAAUGUGACGCCACUUUUAUUUACAAAAUGUAAUCGCUAUACGUGAAAUAUACAAAGUUAAUGGACGAGA